GCUGGGCCACUGCCUGCAAGAACAACUGAUCACUUUCAACUGAUACUCUGUACAUCGACAUUGCGCCCUAAUCCCGAAACAGGUACAAGAUUUCAUAGUUCUAUCUGAUUCACGAUGGCUGACGAACAGAGGGGAGCGACCUAUCUUGAAAUCUAUAGGGGUUCAGCCCUCGGCAGAUCACUUUGCGAUGCUCUGGACGAGAUGGUGCAUCACGGACAGAUGACCCCUCCCUUGGCCAACGAGAUCCUCUUGCAGUUCGACCGUAGCAUGACCCUAGCUUUACAGAAGUCAGUCAAAGCCAAGUCGUCUAUCAAGGGCCACCUGAAGACGUACCGUUCGGUGGACGAAGUCUGGAAUUUCAGCAUCCAACAGCCAAACCUCAAGCUAGAAAGCUUGUCAGCAUUAGCAGCUGGUGACAAAAGCGGGACUGAGACACUGGUCAUCGAUCAGAUCGAUAUCGUCGCUUGCAAGGCGCCCAACACAUGAACACUGCCGGUAUCACACCUGGGGCACGGCCAAACCAGACUAGUUCCUCCCGGAGUUUAUAGUUUCACUCCUUUCCAUACGUUUUCCGGCUGCACGAUACAAACCUCACGACCUUCAUGUAUUCCCAAUCUGAUAUUCACUGCUAAUAACUGUAUAGUGACGAUACCAAUGAAAGACGCAAACACAUCUAUUCAGGACUGU